AGGAAGGAGAGGGCGCACUUGAGCACACAAGAGAAGAGAAGAGAAGAGAAGAGUGCUUGCCUCUUGCUCACUCAGUGAAGCAACAACAACACACAUAUAUAGAACUCAAUAACUUGAUGAUGAUGAUGAUGACAUCAUGAUUCUGAUGAUUCUUUCCAUGUCACACAUUGGAUGAGUGAUAGGUUCAGCAAAAAACAAUCCUUAAAAUUUGUUAGCUUCAGCAGCGUUACGUUGUUAUUGUGAGUUGAAGAGAGAAUGGAGAAUAAUGGUGAGAAGAGGGUGUCAAAGUUCAAGAGGGUUUGUGUGUUCUGUGGUAGUAGCCCUGGCAAGAAGAGUACCUACCAAGAUGCUGCCAUUCAACUUGGCAAUGAAUUGGUUUCAAGGAACAUUGAUCUGGUUUAUGGAGGUGGAAGCAUUGGUCUAAUGGGUUUGGUUUCACAAGCUGUUCAUGAUGGUGGAAGGCAUGUUAUUGGAGUUAUUCCCAAGACGCUCAUGCCUCGAGAGCUAACUGGUGAAACAGUGGGAGAAGUAAAGGCAGUAGCAGAUAUGCAUCAAAGGAAAGCAGAGAUGGCUAAGCAUUCAGAUGCUUUCAUUGCCUUACCAGGUGGUUAUGGGACUCUAGAGGAGCUUCUUGAAGUCAUAACAUGGGCUCAACUUGGGAUUCAUGACAAACCAGUGGGGUUAGUAAAUGUUGAUGGAUACUUUAAUUCCUUGUUGUCAUUCAUUGACAAAGCUGUGGAAGAAGGGUUUAUUAGUCCAAAUGCUCGCCAUAUAAUUGUAUCAGCACCAACAGCAAAAGAGCUUGUCAAGAAAUUGGAGGAGUAUGUUCCCUGUCAUGAAGGUGUUGCUUCCAAGUUAAGCUGGCAGAUGGAACAACAACUUGCUUAUCCUCAGGAGUAUGACAUGUCAAGGUAGCUGCAAUUUCUUAAUCUGCACGGAAGAUAUGAGACUAGGAAUAGAAUUUUGGAGGUGGAAGAAGCUAUAGUGUUAUAUCAGUAUUCUAGCCUCUUUUAUUUGGUGGUGAACUUCUUUUGUAAAGUACUUGUGAUUGACCUGAAAAAUGUGAAAGUACUUUGUUCUCCCUUCAUGUGAAACUAUGAUUUCCUCUCAAUUUGUAACUUGUAAGUACCUUUUUAGUUAUUAGUAUUACUCCAUGUUAACUAAUUUUACCUUUCAA